AUGAGCGACCAACGAAAAGCCGUCAUCAAGAAUGCUGACAUGGAGGAUAAAAUGCAGCAAGAUGCCGUGGACAUUGCAUCAAAGGCACUUUCGGAGUACAACAUUGAAAAGGAUGUGGCAGCUUACAUCAAGAAAGAAUUUGACCGACGAUACAAUCCAACUUGGCACGUGAUUGUGGGGAGAAAUUUCGGGAGCUAUGUGACACAUGAAUCCAACUUUUUCAUUUACUUUUAUCUGGGACAAGUUGCCAUUUUGAUAUUCAAGAGUGGUUAA